UUUCUAAAAAUAUUCGUUCUAACGGCACGAGGGCCCCUUACUCUUGAUUGUUUACCCAAGCCUCAUUGUUGCUGAUCUUUGCAAUAAAACCUGUGUCUGGCCCACUUCCAAGUUCAGUCCUUCCUAUCUCAUUUUUCUCUCAUAUAAUUGUAUAAAGAAUUCACCAACAAACUGUUGAUAUUGGGUCACUCGGAUUAUCAACCUCUUUGUUCUGUCUCUGUGUAGGGUAGGAAGGAUUCCAUACUUCCUGACCGAUACACAGGAGAUUUUCACACCCAACGCGCCCGCCCUCGGACCGGAAUCCAUUUCGUGUCGCCAUGAGAAGCACCCAUGAAUCCUCCCCACGGGAGGGGGGAUAUCAGGACGCCUUUGUGCCGAACCAAGACCAUCCAGGAGCGAACCCAAAUCACAACGGGCUGCUUCCGUCUCACAACGAAAAGGCCCACCAUGCCGACAGCACGUUGUUUCGCAUCGACACUGCUGGUGAAAGUGGUCGAAGCGGGAUUCAUCCGCUUCUGUUCCUGAAGGUUUGCUUCAGGAGCACCUGUACCUUGUCCAUGCUGGUAAACGUCCUCUGGCCGUUUGUUCCACCGGCUAUUGUGCUCCAUUUCGCUCGACCAGACCUUCACGUAUGGGUCUUUGCGCUAAACUAUAUCGCCAUGGUUCCGUCGGCGAAUCUUCUGGGUUUUGCCGGUGGAGAAUUAGCAAAAAAGUUACCCAAGGUGCUUGGUGUUCUGCUGGAGACAACCCUGAGCUCGGUCGUCGAGAUUGUUCUUUUUAUGGUCUUGAUCAAAAAUGACAGUUUUGUUGUCAUCCAGGCGGCUAUCCUAGGGUCGAUCUUGGCAAAUCUUCUGCUCUGCUUGGGAUUAUGUUUCUUCCUCGGUGGUUUUGGGCGGGAAGAACAGGUCUUCCAUGAAGCAGUUAGCGAAGUUGGCUCGGGGCUCCUGCUGGUUGCAGGGUUUGGCCUGUUAAUUCCGAGUGCCUUUAACGCAGCUGUGCUCUCCAAAGCCACCGCACCCCUCCCGGAGGCACUCCUGAAUGAAUACACCUUGACCAUUAGCAGAGCAACUGCCGUGCUCCUCCUUGUUGCCUUCCUCAUGUACCUAUUCUACAACCUCCACAGCCACCACAGCAUCUUCGACGAGGUCCUCGAGAAAGACGAGCAUCGGGAUGAAGAUCGGGAAGAGGAGAAAAGACGUGCCAAACUCACCCUGGUUGAGUGUUUCAUCGCUAUUGCGGUGUCACUUGCAUUCGUGUGUAUGUCGGCUGUUUUCUUGGUUCAAGAGAUCGAGCACAUCGUCGAGAGGGGAGUACCCGAUAAUUUCAUGGGUCUGAUCCUGGUUCCGCUGGUUGAAAAGGCAGCGGAGCAUUUGACGGCCAUCGACGAAGCCUGGGAUAACCAAAUCAACUUCGCCUUGUUCCAUUGCCUUGGCCCAUCGAUCCAGACCGCCCUCUUGAAUGCACCGCUGGUGGUAAUCGUUGGCUGGGGCCUCGGAAAGGACAUGGGUUUGAAUUUUGAGAUCUUCAUGAUAGUCACCGUUGUCUUGUCUAUUCUUGUGGUCGGAAAUUUCCUGAGGGAUGGCAAGUCCAACUACCUUGAAGGCGGGCUCUGUGUGUUGAUUUAUGUUAUUAUCGCGGUCACCACCUGGUACUACCCAGAGGUGCAUGAAGCCGGCCAUGCGCCGGCCCAUGGAUCGGCGGCCCAUGGAUCCUAGUUAACCUGAGCUUAGUUGGGAGUUUAGAAUAGAUCGUUCAAAAUAUUAGAUCAUUUGAAUCUUCUCGCUGUAGAGAUACGUUCGAAGUAGGACCGGACCAAAUUGGGCAGCUUGAUAAAG